GUCCCCUGCGCAGGUUUGUACCUUGUAAAUACUGUUAUUUGUAUAUACUGUAAAUGAUGACAUCGGUGGGCACGAAUCGAGCCCGGGGCAACUGGGAUCAGACACAGACGCAGAAUCAGACACAGCAGAAACAGCGGCCACAGGCUACAGCAGAGCAGAUACGAAUUGCACAGAUGAUUUCAGACCACAAUGAUGCUGACUUCGAGGAGAAAGUAAAGCAGCUGAUCGACAUUACAGGCAAGAACCAGGAUGAAUGCAUGAUUGCUCUCCACGAUUGCAACGGUGACGUCAACAGAGCCAUCAAUGUACUCCUGGAAGGAAACCCAGAUACGGAUUCUUGGGAAAUGGUCGGGAAGAAGAAGAGUUUGGCAGGCCCAAAGGAGACCAGCUUGGUGGAGGCCAGUGAGGAGAACAAAGAAAUGCGAGACAGAGACCGGGAGUUCAGCCGGAGGCGCGUAGGAGGAGGCAGGAGAGGCAGGGGCGCGAGCCGGGGCAGGGAGUUUCGGGGCCAGGAGAAUGGACUGGAUGGAGCCAAGAGCAGUGGGACCUUUAGCAGGGCCUCCGAGAGAGGCAGGCGAGGACGUGGCAGAGGCAGAGGUCUGGGCCGGAGAGGGGGCAGGUUUUCCGCCCAGGGGAUGGGAACGUUUAACCCUGCGGAUUACACGGACCCAGCCAGCACGGACGAGUACUACGGGAACCCCAACCCGACGUGGAACAGCGCCAGCAGCUUUGAGCCGGAUGAUGGGACGAGGCUUCAAUUCAGUGGGGGCGACGGGGCUAAUGGCCCUAGAAAGUUUGAAACUGUACCUGGCGCUUGGCGGACUGUGACAGAGGAGUGGGGGACAGACGACUGGAGUGAAGAUCCAGCACCAGGUACUACCUUCCUGAAUCCUGAUGACAAAAGGAACCCUCCAAAAGCAGUUAAUGGCUGCUAUCAGCUGUCCGAGACGAAGAUUUUCACCGCCUCCAAUGUCGGCCCUCUACCUUCAGGGAACGAGACCCUGACAAUCACAGCGGGGCAGAGGAUCGACCUGGCAGUGUUGUUGGGGAAGCAGCCCUCUGUGUCGGAGAAUGAGCCGGCUCCCCUGGACACCUCGGCUUCGCCCACGCUCUCUCAGCCUCUGGUGUUCAACAACUCCAAGCAGCAUCCAGUCUCGCAGCCGUCUCCUCCGACCACAUUCCCGCAGCACAACAUGGUCAGCAUGCUGAGUAAGAACUUCGGGGAUGUCGGUGAGCCCAAAGGUGGCAGCACUGCGGGAUCGCAAUUGCUGGAGCAGCUGAAGACAGCUCAAGCGCUGGCCCAGUUAGCCGCCCAGCACACUCAACCCACCAGUAACGCUGCCUCCUCCUGGGACAUGGGCCCCACAUCACAGCCAUCAGCACUCAGCCAUUUUGAGUUGAAAAGCCAAACAGAAUCUUCAGUCCACAGCGCCUUCAGUCAGAGGCAGUCCUACUCCAACUCCAGUAUGAUGGAAGUCUUCAUCCCCAGCAAGCAGCCAACGGCAGCGCCAAAUUCCCCACUGCAGAGCAAAGCCGGCACUACCCAGGCGUCUCCCGGAGCCUCGGAGAACCAGUCCUCUAGCCCCCAGCCUGCACAGCAGAAACUGAAGCCACAGAAGAAAAAGGCCUCUAUUGCUUCGAAGAUCCCAUCUUCCGCUGUGGAGAUGCCUGCCUCAGCAGACAUAGCGGGGUUAAACCUGCAGUUUGGGGCCCUGCAGUUCGGCUCCGAGCCCAUGCUAUCGGAGUAUGAAGCUACCCCAACGACCAGUGUGCCGGUGAGCCAGCCCCAGAGCAGCCCCUACACCAGUGCUGUGAGCGAGUCGUCAUCAUCGACAAUCCCCUCUAAUCAGAGCCAAGAGUCGGGAUACCAGCCCAGCACGAUCACAACCUCGGCAUUCACAACCCAGAACAGUGCUCCCGGGCCACAGUACGAGCAGAGCUCCAACCAGCGGGCAGCGUACUCAAAUUCCCUCUCCUCCUCUCCUCAGAAGGACCUGACGCAAGCCAAGAAUGGCUUCAGUACGAUACAGACGUCACAGUCCAUCGAAGCUGCAGCUGGUUCUGCAGUGAAGUCUGACUCGCCUGCAGUCCCCAGCAUGGCUUCACUCUCGAAUGCAGUAUCUGCAUCGUCACUACUAACAUCAAACAGCCAGCACCCUUCAGGGCUGGCCAGCCUUAGCCACACCGAGGAGCUGCCAAGCACGACCACCCCACAGCAGAGCAGCACCGCAUCAACCCAACAGAGCAGCAGUCUGUCUUCUUCCUCAGGGCGCUCUUCAACUUCAACCCACUUGCACACAAGUGUGGAAAGUGAAGCGUGUCUCCACUCGUCCCCCAGCACUUUCGCCACAGCAGCCAGCACUGUGUCGGUGGCUCCAUCAUCGAGCGUCUCCAACACCCUGGGGAGUGUGAGCAGCCUGAAUCUGAGUCUGGUCAGCAACUCCACUGUGACAGCUGCCUCCCGCAGCUCUGUUGCAACAACGUCAGGGAAGGCUCCUCCCAAUCUUCCCCCAGGGGUUCCACCAUUGCUGCCUAACCCAUACAUUGUGGCACCAGGACUGCUUCCCGCAUACCAGCCUCAGGUGUACGGCUAUGACGAUUUGCAAAUGCUUCAGACGAGGUUUCCUCUGGACUAUUACGGGAUUCCAUUUGCUGCUCCCACCACCCCGAUCACUGGAAGGGAAGCCAGCCUGACAAAUAACCCGUACUCUGGGGACCUGACGAAGUUUGGCCGAGGAGACGCCUCCUCCCCUGCCCCAGCCACCACACUGGCGCAGCCUCAGCAGAACCAGACACAGAGCCACCACACCACGCAGCAGACCUUCCUGAACCCGGCCUUGCCACCUGGUUACAGCUACACCAGCCUGCCGUACUAUGCCGGCGUGCCUGGCCUCCCCAACACCUUCCAGUAUGGACCCGCCAUGUUCGCUGUGCCCCCCCCGUCGUCGAAGCAGCACGGUGUGAAUGUGAAUGCCCCGGCCACUGCGUUUCAACAGGCGAGCGGCUAUGGAACCCACGGCUACAGCACGGCUGGUGUGUCAGUGACUUCCAGCAACACGGGUGUCCCAGACAUCUCAGGAUCUGUGUACAGUAAGACCCAGCAGUCUUUUGAGAAGCAGGGCUUUCACACUGGAACUCCGGCUGCCUCCUUCAACCUGCCAUCGGCACUGGGCAGUGCGGGCCCUGUGAACCCUGCCACCGCUGCCGGCUACCCUCCACCAUUCAUGCACAUCUUGGCGCCGCACCAGCAGCAGAUGCACUCGCAGAUCCUGCAUCUCCAACAGGACGGCCAGAGCGGAACAGGCCAGCGUACUCAAACCAGCAGCAUCCAACAGAAAUCGCAGGGGAAUAAGUCUGCUUACAACAGCUCAGGCUACUGGGGUCCCAACUGAGCAGAGCGGGGCGAAGGGGGUCGCGACCUCCAACCCCUACCCGAACCCUGGCCGAAUGGGGCCCCUCUCCCUCCCCAUCCAACCCUCCCUCUCUAACCC